UUUGCUUUGCGUUCCACCUGAACGCUUGUCACCAGGAAGCGCCCUCACCCUCCAUAUAGUGGCCGUUUCAGAAGCAGAGAAUCCAGUUUGGUGGUUUUCCUCGUCGGGCUCGAGCGUCGGAGCAGACCGGAGCAACAUGUCCCACGACAGCGCAGCCAGCUCCAGGGAGCUGAUGGUGGUCCUCUCCGCGGUGGAGCCGUGGUCCGCUCUGCGGUCCCUGCUGCAGGACGGCGGGACAGACCCGGGCCGGCAGCUCGCCGUCACCUCGCUGGGAUCGGACCAGCGGUGUGAUCUGAGUUUCGAGGGCCGCUCCAUCAGCCUGCGCCGGGCAGAGCUGCGCCCGGACGUGCCGGUGGAAGACUUCGGCCGGGCGCUCCACGGCUGCUUGGGGUCCCGCCCGGACGGGAUCGGUGUGUUCCUGCUGCUGAUCCGGGGCGGAGCGUACACCCAGACGGAGAGCAGGGUCCUGGAGGCCCUGCAGACGUGCUGCGGAGCCGAGGCGCUCAGACGCCUGGUCGUCCUGUCGGUGGAGGACGCUCAGGUCGUGGACCAGCUGGACGACGACCUGCUGGAUCUGAUCAGAGCGUGCGACGGCCGAUACUGCAGAGUGGCGCCGCCCGCCGUGGUCGACGGACUGCGCGCGCUCGUCCGGACGGUCGACGACAUGGCGAGGGAGAACGGCUCCGGCGGCUACACCGAAUCCAUGCUCAGCGCGGCCAAGCGGCGGAGCGGCGAAGACCAGGCCGUGGAGAUCCUGAGACAGAAGCUGGAACAGGCGCGGGAGAGCGAGCGCGCCUUCAGACAGCUGGCCGAGCAGCGGGAGGCCCGCAGAGCCAGGGACGUGCAGGAGCUGAAGGCCAAGCAGGCCGACGAGAGGCGGAGGGACGAGGCCGACAGGAAGGAGCACGAGAGCCGGAGGCAGAGCCUGGAGGAGGCCUUCCACAGCCUCACCGUGCAGCUGCAGAGGACGCCCCCUGCUGAUGAGGAGUCCCAGAAGACGUCGGUGGUCCUGCUGGGUCUCUCCGGCAGCGGGAAGUCUUCCGCUCUGGACCUCCUCCUGCAGCGGGCGGGGGGUCGGUACUGGGCGGCGGGCCCGGCCCCGGACGGGGCCCCUCCCACGGCGCGCUGCCAGAGGAAGGAGGUGUGCGCGGCGGGGCGGCGGCUCAUCCUGGUGGACACUCCGGAGCUGUGGGACGAGGACGGGGUGGAGGACGUGGAGCUGGUGAAGGACUGCCUGGCGCUGGCCCUGCCCGGCCCGCACGUCUUCCUGCUGGUGCUGCAGGUGGGCCGCUUCACGCAGGGCGAGAGCGACAUGCUGGGUCACCUGCAGAGGCUCUUCGGACGGGAGUUCGCCGAGCACGCCGUCGUCCUCUUCGUCCAGGCCGAAGGCGGCCGGCACAGACCGCGGUGGAUCGACGACUACGUGGCCGGGGCUCAUCCGGCGCUGCGGGAUCUCGUCCGGAAGUGCGGCAGCCGCUAUUACGAGCUGAAUGUUUCAAAGUCCCACAAUGCUUUGAGCUAUCCUCAGGUGAAAGAUCUGCUUCUGGGAAUCAACAAGCUGGUGGCCGCUCAUGGAGGAAACCCCUACACCACCAGGAGGUUUCCUCCCCAGGAGUUGAAGGAACGGAGCAAAGAGAUCGAAGAGAGGAAGGAGGGAGGAAUGGAAGGAAACUCUUUACUGAGAGAUGCUUAAUCUGUUCCUCAAUCUCUGACAAAAACCUGUAUGAUGGGAUUUAAUUUCAAAAAUCAGUACAAAUCUAACCAGAAUUCAGCCCGAAUGAUUCAAGUCAAGUCAACUUCUUUGUGUCCUUAAAGACACGCUGCUACUGUAAGAUUAAUGCUCCACUCACAGCCUUCUGAUUAGCAUCUUGGUCCAAAUGUAAAGCGACGGUGAUCAUGAGACGAGGUUGACCUUAAGAGUUUAAUAUUCUGUAGACCUGAUCAUGUUUUCAUGGAGACAGAAAUGUUUCAGGUGUUUAACAGAGAAAAUUACCCCAAAAACCUCACAUCUGUCAAAACGGGUGUGAUGACGAGGGACGGAAGACAUAGAUAAGCUGCAUUUGUUUUCCCAUGUACAGAUGUAGCUGCACUGUCGGUUAAAUUCAGUCAGUCGAACCCGGCAGUAAUGGAAGUUACUCUGCAGUACUGUAGCAGCGUCCUGUGGUCACACACUGACAUCUAGUGGUCACAGAUGGUAAGUACUGCUAGAUUUUAAUACCUUUAAGUUUUCCAUCCAGUCUGUCACCCUGGGCCGGUUCCUGCCUCAGAUCUCCGGCCUCCUCGGUUUCUUCCUCCUGCUCCUCCCCGAACGCAGACAGCACUUCCUGCUGAGGCUUCAUGGGACUUUGAGAAGCAGCAUUUUAAAGAAACGUCAGUUUACUGUGAUGUUCGAACCGUCUCCGUCAAAUGUCUGCGCAUCACAUCUGCAUGUUCGGCUGGUUUCUGAAGCCUUCAUGCUGCUGGAAUGAAAACUCAGAGAAACACCGAAGCUAAAAAUACAAAUAAACCAGCUUCAGCAGAUAAAUACAAACCUCUUAUAUUUGACAGUCGCUUCAAGUGUUUGACUCACAGAAAACCCUGUCCCAAUCAGACAUAUUACCGACCUACACUGAAAAGAUAAGCAUGCAUGUUUGGGGUAGAAGAGACUUGAACCAGUUCAUUUAACAGGUGUGUAAUAAAUAAUACCUCUUCACUGACUCUUUAUGCUUCAUUUUAGAUAUUGAUUAAACUACAUGGCAGUUCAGGUUUCUUCAUUUGGACUCAACUACUUCACAAAGUUCAAAACUUUAGAACUAAACUGAUCUUUAAAAACAUCCAAUCACUGUAGAUCCAGAGGAACCAUGCUCUUUAUAUUUUACUAAAACAACUCAAUCAAUGCAUAGUUUUUUUAUAUUUUGGUGUUGGGGAUUUUCCAAACUGAGCUAAUCAGCUGAGAACAUCGAGGGGUAUUUUUCUUUCUUUUUUUUUAACCUUUCUUCUCUUCAUGAUUCAGAUGCUCACUGUGUUCAGCUGAACUCCGUCGGUAUGAAGACUGACAGGUUUUCAGAUUUGUUUCACUGAUUUCUCACUUUAUUGGUCAAUAACCCUGUGAAGGAACACAGUGAUAAGAAGGGACGGUUCCUGAAUCAAAACAUGUCAGAUUGACGCUGUAAUGACUUAAGAUUGAAGAGUUAUGGUUGUUUUUUAUGAUUCUUUGUGAGUCUGUUCCACGUUUGCAGAGUGUAUGAAGGGAGAACACGAAGAAGACAUCCCAUCAGAACCAGCUGGAUUUGAAUGAAUUUAGUGAUAAACGAUGUAAAAUGUGUUUGUUUACCUGGAUUAAUGUGUGUCUGCCAUGUCAAGAGAGAGAGUAAACAAUAACAGACACGCAAACAGCUUGAUGAAUCAUCCUCAGUGACUCAGCCGAGGCUGAUUCUCCAGAUAUCACCAGAUCUGCUUUUGGAUCAAUUAUAAGAAUCAAUAUUCUGAAAUGAUCCUGCUGGUUUGGUCCCGUUUCCCGUCUUCUACAUGAUGCUGAAACAGCUGCCUGCUAACAGAAGUCAAAUAAAGAACGACAAUUAAUAAUGUUUGCCUCGGCUUCUUUUUAAUAGUCAGAACUGAAAGAAAGGAGAGAAAGAAAUAAAACACUAAAACAGCACAGAGGGAUUUUUUUUGUACAUUU